GAAAACGACAUGACAGCGAAGCAAAGACUCGGUGACGGUCUUUUAAAAUAAUAAUCACACCCAUAGCUACUUCUAUUUGACCAGUAAAAUCAUAACAAUUUCUAAAUAAAACAAUAACUAAAAUAAUACUACUUUAUCUUCCUGAAUAUAGGAUGUUUCAAAAAAAAAUUGAAUAAUAUAUAAGAUGUUUUCAUUUUUCUAGAUAAUUUUUUAUUUUGUUAGAAACUGUACAACUAAUUAUAUUUAAUAAUCUAUUUUGUAAUUAGUUGAAUAACGCUAAUUUAUAGUUUUAGUGAUUUUUUAGACAAAACAAUAAUUUUUUUAAUAUGCGUGUUACAAAAAAACACUUAACAUCAUCUUAUAUUUAGUAUCAGAGAGUAAUAAUAUUCCUUUUGAUAUUCACAUAUCCAACAACAGCUUCCAUAUCAAACACGACGUACGACUGUUAUACACCUUUACCUCAAAAUAACAUAAUCCCACCUUUAUUUCCUAUGUUUCUCAGAAUAUGACCCUACAGUUCUGAUAAUGUCAAAAAGAAACCAUAUAAUCUACUUUUUCAUCUCUAUUUUUAAUUGGUGAUUUUUUCAAUAAAUCAAAAAGUUUAGGAUAUAUAUCUAUAGGCAUAUAUAUAUGAAAGGUUUAAUCAAAUUAAGCAUGUUAAUUGCCCAUAUUAGAAAAGUAAGAUUGGCCAAUUAAUCUUUUAUCUUUCUAUUCUGUAAUUAACUUUUUCAUUACGAAGGAAACGUUAUUUCUCAUUUUGGUAAGAAAAACUUGGCUUCGGACUUGAGAAAAACAUAAUGGUCAGAGUAGAUCUGUUAAUCGAAAUACAGGGAUAUAUAUGAUAUUACUGUAAAAUACACAUAUGCGGCUGGAAACAGAGAUUUUUUUUUUUUUUUCUCUUUUUGAAAUUUGAGUUUUUUUUGUUUAACACUGAGUUAUUAAAAUAUUAUAAUUAUGAUAUAAAAAAAUUAAAUAAACGAUUCGACAACCGACAAUAUAGUAUCUACCUUAUGAAGAUCAAUGUCAAACUGCAUCACCUGAACCGUCCUAUGAAAAUCCACGUAUGACCAGAUUUACUUACAGCAUGUUGAAGAUCUUUUGUAAAUUUUUCUUCCGUAGUCUGCAUAAUUGUUUAAUAAAUUGUUCUUUCCAACCUGAAUUUCCUAUAAUCUGCAAUAAAUUACAGAGUCUGAAGUCCGAACCCCAGACCUGAGUUGUAGAAACUUUUAAACCGGGUCUAACGUGCUUCCACGAAAUCUGAGUCUUCAGUAUCUUUUUAAUUUUGAAAUUUGGGGGCAUCACUCAAACUCUCGAUUUUCGCUUUGAUGGGUGCGUAGAUCUUGUUUGAGUUUGCAAGUGCGUGGAUUCCUCUAGCCAUCAGAGACAAGCGAAGAUGAUUUCUAGGUCGUACACCAACUUGCUAGACCUUGCGUCAGGGAACUUCCCUGUGAUGGGGAGAGAGCGCAGCAGGAGGCUUCUUCCUAGAGUAAUGACAGUUCCUGGCAACGUCUCCGAGUUCGAUGACGACGAUCAAGCUUCCUCCGAUAAUCCCUCCUCCGUUUCCUCUGAUCGAAUGAUCAUCGUCGCGAAUCGUCUCCCCUUGAAAGCCGAGAGACUAAACGGAACCUGGAGCUUCGCCUGGGAUCAAGACUCGUUAUAUCUCCAGCUCAAGGACGGCUUCCCCGAGGAUAUGGAGGUCUUAUACGUCGGAUCUUUGAGCGUCGACGUCGUCGGCUCACACGAGCAAGAACACGUGGCGCAAAUACUGUUGGAGAAAUUCAAAUGCGUUCCAGCUUUCUUCCCACCCGAUUUGCAGUCAAAGUUCUACCACGGAUUCUGCAAGAGGCAGUUAUGGCCGUUAUUCCACUACAUGCUUCCGUUUUCGCCUGCUAACGGUGGGAGAUUCGAUCGGUCUAUGUGGGAGGCUUACGUGGCAGCCAACAAACUCUUCUUCCAGAAGGUCGUCGAGGUGAUAAACCCUGACGAUGAUUUUGUAUGGAUUCACGAUUACCAUCUGAUGGUUCUACCUACUUUUUUAAGAAGACGAUUUAACCGUAUCAGGAUGGGGUUCUUCCUCCACAGCCCUUUCCCUUCCUCCGAGGUCUACCGGUCUCUCCCCGUUCGCGAAGAGAUUCUCAAAGCUUUACUAAACAGCGACCUCAUCGGCUUCCACACGUUCGAUUACGCGCGUCACUUCUUAACAUGCUGCAGCCGGAUGCUAGGGUUGGAGUAUCAGUCUAAACGAGGCUACAUUGGGCUGGAGUAUUACGGGAGGACCGUGGGGAUAAAGAUCAUGCCCGUGGGGAUCGACAUGGGACGGAUCCAGUCCGUGAUGAGAGACUCAGAGAAGGAAGGGAAGGUGAUGGAGCUCGAAAGGCGUUACGAAGGCAAGACGGUGUUGCUUGGGAUUGAUGACAUGGAUAUUUUCAAAGGGAUCAACCUGAAGCUGCUCGCAAUGGAGCAAAUGCUUAAGCAGCACUCUACCUGGAGGGGGAAGGCCGUCUUGGUUCAGAUUGUGAAUCCCGCUAGGGGUAAAGGGAUUGACAUUGAGAAAACACGCGGCGAAAUCGAAGAAACCUGUAGGAGGAUCAACGAAGAGUUUGGAUACCACCAACCAAUUGUAUAUAUUGACACUCCAAUUUCGAUCACUGAGAUCAAUGCUUAUUACCAUAUCGCCGAGUGUGUGGUCGUUACGGCCGUUAGAGAUGGGAUGAACCUGACUCCUUAUGAGUAUAUAGUAUGCAGACAGGGUGCAAAGAAGAGCGUGUUGGUUGCGUCCGAGUUUAUCGGAUGCUCUCCUUCGCUUAGCGGAGCUAUAAGGGUGAACCCGUGGAACGUCGAAGCGACUGGUGAAGCGCUGAACGAGGCCUUAUCGAUGAGCGACGGUGAGAAACGGCUGCGGCAUGAGAAGCAUUACCGGUACGUUAGUACUCACGACGUUGCGUUUUGGUCGAGGAGUUUCUUGCAAGAUUUAGAGAGGAUAUGCGUGGACCAUUUCAAGAAAAGGUGUUGGGGGAUGGGGAUUAGUUUUGGUUUUCGAGUUGUGGCGCUUGAUCCUAACUUUAGGAAGCUUUCGAUACCGUUGAUUGUUUCGGAUUACAAGAGGGCGAAAAGCAGAGGUAUACUGUUGGAUUAUGACGGCACUCUGAUCCCUCAGAACUCUAUCAACAAAGCUCCCAGCCAAGAAGUUAUGAACUUCUUGGCUGCGCUUUGUGAGGACAAGAAGAAUUCAGUUUUUAUUGUGAGCGGAAGAGGAAGGGAGAGCUUAGGCGAAUGGUUCUCUCCGUGCAGAAACAUUGGAAUUGCAGCAGAGCAUGGUUACUUCUUGAAGUGGCCAGGCAGUGAAAAGUGGGAAACAUGUGGCCAGGGAACUGAUUUUGGUUGGAUGCAGAUCGUGGAGCCUGUGAUGAAACAGUACACUGAAUCUACGGAUGGCUCUUCCAUUGAAGUUAAAGAUAGUGCUCUUGUUUGGCAAUACAGGGAUGCAGAUCCGGGCUUUGGUUCUUUGCAAGCAAAGGAAAUGUUAGAGCAUCUAGAGAGUGUUCUAGCUAAUGAGCCUGUUGCAGUUAAGAGCGGUCACUACAUUGUAGAAGUCAAGCCUCAAGGAGUGAGCAAAGGAUAUGUGUCAGAAAAGAUAUUUUCAUCAAUGGCUGAAGAGGGGAAACCAGUUGAUUUCGUGCUGUGUAUUGGAGAUGACCGAUCUGAUGAAGACAUGUUUGAGGCGAUUGGUAAUGCGAUGUCGAAGAACUUGCUAUGCGGAGAUGCUCUUGUGUUUGCAUGCACAGUUGGGCAAAAGCCAAGCAAGGCUAAAUAUUAUUUGGAUGAUACUAUGGAAGUGAGAAGCAUGCUUGAAUCUUUAGCUGAAGCAUCAGAGGCUUCGAACUUCUCUAUGCGUGAGCUUGACGAUGCCCUUUGAUUUGGAAACCAGAGUCUUUGCCAGGUUUUUUUUUGCUCUAUAUGAUCUCAGUUCCGGUUCCUACUUGCUCUCGUUCUUCUACAACAGUCGAUGGUUUUGUUCUCAUAAAUGAAUAAUGUGCAUAGAUGGCUAAAGAGAUGAUACAGACAACGACAAGGAAAACAAGAGAAGAGAGUGGUGUUUGGUCUGUUGUGAUUGAAAGAAAGAAAGAAUAAAAGGCAGUGUGAAGUUUUGUUCUGUUCAGAUGGUAAAGACGAGGAAAAUUAGUUGUCUGGUUUCUUAAAAGCUUUGCAGGAUGUUGAAGUAGCAACAAGCCAACAAGCAAAAGCUUUGGUCUUCAUUUUCAUUUCUAAUGCUGUUAUUAUUAUUGUAAUUGGAUGAUCUUGGUAGACUUUCGUUUUGGAUUCGGCUGUUCACUGAGUCUGAGAAGGCAAAAGCUGUGAAAAAAAAUGUUACGUAAAGAUGAGAUAUGUUCACCAUUGUUUGAGAAUUUUCAAUAUAAUUUUUUUUUUUGUCU